UGCUUAACUUUUUUUUCUGGCUGUAUUACCACAUCGCGCAUCUGAUACGCAUACCAACGGUCCCUCGGCCGACAAACCUGACUCUACCACACAAAAACGACACGUCACAUCACAACAUUCAAAAUGGUGGCACUAGGAAAGCGCGGAUCCCGGGUGGGCAUGGAGGCGCUCAGGAUCCUGAAGAGGCAAUCCCAGAGCAACGAGCCCCCCAGGGGCAGGCCGGCGCCCGUCAUGACGGCGUCGCCCUCCCCCGUGCCCGAGGCCGCCAGCGAGGCCCCUGUGCCCACGACGCUCUCUACCGUGGCGCGUGUGAGCUCGGAGUCGUCCAGCUCCGCUUCCGCUUCCGCCACCACCACCACCACCUCUUCGGCCGCGCCGCUCGGCAGCCCGACGAUCCUCCUUACUGCGCCGUCGGCAACCGGGGCCGUUUUCAACUCGCCGUACCCUCCCGUCCAGACGCUCUCGUCCCCUCCCCCCGUCAUCUACACCUCGAUCCCCGGGAGGGCUUCCCCAGCGCGUGACAACGUCGGCAACGCCAUUGGGAUCGUGUUUGGUGCUCUCGCCUGCGCCAUCACCAUCGGCUUCAUCCUGGUCAUCUGCACCGUCCGCCGGCGGCGCGCGCGCAACAGCCCGGCCGCCAAGCCCAAGGCCGCCGAGCCGCCGCCGCCGUACUCGGACAAGCCGGUCAAGCACCUGUCGACCCUCAUGGCGCCCAUGGCGCCGCUGCACACGCCCAUGGCCGAGCUGAGUGCCCAGUCGCCCGCCAUCCCGGGCCCGCAGGAGAUGGCGGUCCCGUCGCCCAUCAAGAGCAGCAACACGGACCGCCCGGCCUCGCCCUGGCCCUUCCUGAACACCACCACCACUACCACCGUCACCGCCACCACCACCACCACCACGUCGCCGCUGUCCCCCUCGCCCCUGGGCCGGUCCGUCAUCACGGGCGAGCGCAGCGAGCCCCCCUUGGCGCCGCCGCCGUCGUUUGUGCUGCAGCCGCCGCCCAAGACGCUCUUCUCGCGCCUGCACUCGCGCUACAACAGCUCGCGCUACUCGAAGCGCUCCACGGGGCUGACCAUGCUCGACGAGAUGCAGUUCUCGACCUACUGCAAGCUCAGCGGCGGCGCCAAGUCGCCCAUUAGCGACAAGGCCAACAAGGUGCUCGGCAAGACCGACGACGAGUCCCUGGCCAGGCCCGCCCCGGCCUUCCACGGCCUGCAGCCGCCCAAGAGCCCCUUCAGGUUCCAGCCGCCCAAGAGCCCCUUCAGGUUCCAGCCGCCCAGGAGCCCCUUCAAGAUGCUCGGGCGCUUCCCCACGCGCGACGAGUGGAAGAGCGGCAGGGUGGCAUCGGGUUAUUGCUCUUAAUUUACUUCUUCUUUUCUUGUCCCUCUUUUUCCCUAUUUUCUUUCGCCCACUGUUUACCGUGUGGCUAGUUCCCCACAGCUUAGGCGUUUUGUUCGGGAUAUCGGCGGGGUUUACAUAGGUCGGAGCAUAUUAGAC